AUACGCGUUCAGAGUUCAAGUAGCCAAUCCUCCGGCUGCUCUCACGUUGCGCAGUCAGAGUGGCUGCUUCCUUUCCUUUCCUUGCUGUGUCCCUUCAUCCGAGUGUCCCCUGUUUUUCUUUCUCUUCCUUCUCUUUGUCAAUCUCGCCUUCUGUUGACGUCGGUAUUUUCCAAUUUUUUUGGAGCUUCCGAGUUCUUUCAUUCAACUCUCGUCCAAUCGGAGUGUUUGGAAGUCCGGAAGUUGAGAAGAUGUGCAACCGACAGACAGAAGAAGGGGAGAGGCUGAAGAUCUGGGGACAUCCGAUGACAAUUGACGUCGUUUCACCGCCCUCUGCACUGCACUUUUUAUCCGCUGUCGAUUUGCUUCACUUGUCGCUCGAUUUCACACGCCCUCUUCUUUGCUUUAUUGACAACUUCUUUUCUUUCUCGUCCUUUUGCUUUGCCUUCCGUCCAUGUCCAUGUGGCAGUCAAGUGCAGCAUGUCGACGGGCCGGGUCGAACCACAUGAACAAGGCAGAAACGCCUACCACAGUCAUAGUCGACGUUUCUGCCACUAACCGCUCAAUUUCAUAUCUCUCCAUUCUGUCUCUUAAACUCAAGCUUUCAAGCUUCAUAUCGGGAAACGCACGUCAUCAUUUCGCUCAUUUUGCGGUGGUGCGAUGCGAGGGGAUGGGACAUACAGGUGGACAUGGUUCAGUUCACUCAAACUGCCAUGCAAGCUUUCAUACGAAGCUGUGUCUUCUUACUUCUAUCUAUAUCUGGCUGCUGGUGCCCUUGUACCGUUUUUGCCCUCAUAUCCUUCUACCCUUAUACCCUUAUCUCGGUGUCUUUUCAAAGACAGAGAUAUGCCAGAUAUCAGAUAGAGGAAUAGAGGAAGCAAGCAGAGAGAGAGAUUUGCAAAUCUCAUUUCUCAUUUGUCUUUUCGGUUCUUUGCUUGAUGUCUUCCCUGGUUUGCGCGUGCUAUCGAGGGACCUUUGUUUGGUUUUCACUCGCACUCUCGAGCAGAGUAUACCUCGGUUUCGGAGCCGAGCGAUGGUGGGCUGAGAUGGUUGUUUGCAUCUGCGAUGCGUUUGGCAGUACAUCGAAUGUCCCGAGGAAAGGUCAUACGAUGAUGUUGACGAUGAGACCCCGAGGUGGUUUUUGAUCGUUAGCCAGCGUCCCGACGCAUCGAGUAUCGAGUCUUAGCUUGAGGCUGGAGGUUCGGAGUGAAGAGAGGAACUUCGAAUUAUUCCGGUCGUUAGGGUUCCUUGUGGACUUGAAUCCGUGACAAGUUCGCGUUGUAACGACAGAUGUGUUGGCUUUUACGUUCUUUCUCUGCAUGUUGGGAACCGUCAGUUGCAAUCCGCUGAUCAGACGGUUCUCAAUAAUGCGCACUUGUGUUCUUCUUAUCCCUUCACUUUCUUCCCCAUACAUUUAGCAUUCAACAUUUGGGGUUAAUCACGGGUGCAAUAAGACAUUGCAACUGGAUCAGAUGUGGACUUGAUACUUGGCAUGAUUUCACAUGCUGUCACGUUGUCGCUGGCAUGCUAUCCUCGUUAUGGCACUAUCAUUCUCUUACGCUCUUGUCAUCAUCAUACCACCACUCACAACCUGUGGCAACUUGACACAAGAAGGGCUGCUGCUGUGUUGGGCUUACUGUCAUAUGCGCAGGCAAAUCAUACGCGUGACAGCGGUUCCGGUGAAGGUUAUGUUGUUUCUGCUUCUGCAUCCGAGAAGCACGAGAACGAGGAUGCGAGAGCUCAAAUAUAACCGUCAUCUGCCACGGGGUCAUGCAUUCGAUGCAUCUUCGAGGGUGCAUUGAUUGAGCGAUGUUUCCCGUCAGAGUGGGAAUGCUGCGGAGCGAAAGGGGGUGUUGCUAUGGCAAGAUAUGGCAGAAUGGAGGGUUCAUCUUGUAUGGGCGGUUUUAGUGUGUGCGUUCGAGGCUAUCCGCUUCUAUUGUCGUUCACACAUAUUUCAAGUCCACGUUAACUUUCUUUAUUCUCCGCGUUUUUGAUUAUGUGUUUUAUUUUUUCGAUUCGCCCUCCUCGC